AUGCUAGCCCCAGGGGCAAUUGCUAUUAUUGCAGGACUACUGGCCCACCGACUUGUCUUUAUUCACGGGGAGUGGCAUCUCAAGGGCCCCAAGGUCGUUGUUCUUCAUUUUCUUUUUGGCGGUCUAUUAUAUGCGAACCAUUUGGUUGGCAAUGGAAGCACUCAAGCCAGCUUGGUUGAGACGAUAUAUUUGGCAGCAUUUUAUCUGUCGUCACUAUUCACAAGCAUCGCAGGAUACCGACUGGUAUUUCAUCGUUUGAAGCACUUCCCCGGCCCAAAGCUAGCGGCAUUGACCAAAUUAUGGCAUGUCUGGAAAUGCCGGGACUCCCGUGGACAUCUUGUCUUGCAGGCCUGGUACGAAAAAUAUGGGGAAUUUGUACGAACCGGUCCCACUGAAAUUACCAUAUUUCACCCUGAAGCCUACGAGACCAUGGACGGUCAUGGCAAUCGCAACACGCGCUCUGAUUGGUACGACCUUCUGUAUCCUCGAAUAUCGUCGAUAUUUACUCGCGACCGACAGCUGCACAAUGAACGGCGCAAGAUGUGGGAGCAAGCGCUGAGCACAAAAGCACUGUCCCAGUAUCACCGACGAGUGGUAGAAAAGGUACAAACACUCAAAAGGCUAGUUGCUUUGGAACAAUCACGGCCUGUUUUAAUAAACGACCUGAUGUAUUUCUUCGCUUUUGAUUCGAUGGGUGAUUUUGCUUUCAGCGAAGAUUUCGGCAUGAUGAGAAACAAGAGGUGGCAUUCGUCGAUAGCCAUGCUGCGCUCGGCGCUCACGUUACUGGGUCCCUUCAGCCCUGCGAUAUGGAUCCCGAGACUGGGGUUUGCGUUCAUUCCCACCUUGUGGAAAGUGCGACACUGGUUUCAUAUGCUGGAAUUUUGCGACCAAUGCAUGGCUCGACGAAUGAAGAAAACGCCCCCAGAUCGCGACAUUGCAUCUUGGUUCAUUGAGGACCACGUCAGACACAGAUCAGAUCCCAAGCGGGCGAGGUGGUUGAGUGGCGAUACUGCAACACUAGUUGUAGCCGGAAGUGACACCACUGCCCCGAGUCUAACCCUCCUCUUCUAUCUUCUCGCUCGCUAUCCCAUUCAUACCGAGAAGAUAUAUAAAGAGAUUCAAGGCUUUGACAUAGAGAAUCCAGCUGCCUUGGCCACGUUACCACAUUUGAAUGGAUCUAUAAAUGAAGCCAUGCGAUUGCUUCCAGCCGUACUCACCUUUAGCUCUCGAGUAACUCCACCCGAAGGACUGAUGGUAGAUGGCACGUUUAUUCCGGGAAAUACCAAGAUAUGUGCGCCACGUUAUACAAUCGGUCGACUUGAGACAGCAUAUCUCCACCCUCAUGAGUUCAUUCCCGAGCGGUGGUACAGCCGGCCGGAGUUGAUCAAGAAUAGAAGGGCAUUUGCUCCUUUUGGUGUCGGGCGUACGAGCUGUGUUGGCCGUCAUUUAGCUCUUGCACAAAUCCGUCUCGUAACUGCCGCUUUAGUGUUCCACUAUCGGAUCAAAUUUGCGCCUGGUCAGAAUAAUGGCGAGGCCGUGGAGCGGGAUAUGAAGGACCAGUUGACUGCUCGGCCUGGCGCUUGUUUACUUGUGUUUGAAAGUCGCGGUUAG